CCGGGGGUGCUGGGAGAGCCCUUGCGGCACUGCUCCCCCGCGGCAGGAGUGGGCCCUGCCGCUGCACUCCGCAGUGGCUGAUAGCAGCAGAGAGCUGGCCCCCAGCUCGGGUUUGGGGCAGGGGCUUGUUCGCCUGACAGCCCAUUUGCCCACCAGGGAGGGGCAGGGUUUGCCCCAGGAAUUAGGGCCAGGAGGGCCCCCGCUAGGCUAGGCUUUUCCGAGCACAAUUCAGACGGUUGCUUUACGCUGCUAGAGGCCGGGCGGCAGGUUUGUAAUCCGAGCAGGGGGUGGACAUUGCUUGCCUUUGCCGCUGGCUUUCUGCACACCAUGCGAGGUCAUUGAUCUAACCGGGGAGGACGUGUCUUCGGAAGCAGCAGCGCAGGGUGACUUCGUUGUGAUCGACUUGACUGAAGUGGAGGAGGAGCGUCCAGCCGACUUCCCGCGGGGUGGUGCUGGCACUGCUGCCGGCAUGGAGUGUGCGUCGCCUCCCAGCCUCCCCGCCCUCGUGGACAUAAAGCGUGAAAGGAAAGAGGUGGCCGACCAAGGCCUUGGGGCCCCCUGGGACGGAGCCCACGAAGAGACAAAGGGCAGCCACUUGGCAGGCUGCUUCUCCCCCGUCUCUGUCUGCGACCCUGAGCUCAGCAGCAGCACCACCACUAUUAACAGUGACCUGGGCUCCUUGGCCAGCCUCCUGCUGGACUCGGACGUGUUCUCCUGCUCUCCAGCUAGCAGCCACAGCAGCAGCAGCAGGAGGGCAUCCUGGGACUGCUCCGCCACAGAAUCUCGCAGUACCUGCCAGCAAAGGGAAAACCCGGAACACCUCCCCACCUCCCCUGCUCAGAGACAGUCCUCAGGUCUCUCCAGCUGCCCCCCAGCAAGCACCCCCAGGUCUCCAGAGCAGCCUUUGCUGGAGACAAGUAGCUCAGUGCUGACUGCAGGGAAGCAGAAGCCCCCCGAGCCAGCCAAACUGCAGCCUGUCAAUAAGGCCUGGCUGCAUAAACUGCGGUACUUCAGGAGGACUCCGGUGCAUCACCUUUUCCUCCAGGGAGUGGUGCAGGAUGAGGAAUCCCGCCAGAAUGCACACCUGAGGACACAGCCCAUCUCCAGCAGAAAAUUGAGCAUGGUAUCCACCACCAUGGAGGAGAACUUCCCCAAGGGCACCCUGCAGUUCCUAAUGGACUUUGUGUGCUGCCACCAUUACCCUCCAAAGGAGAUUGUGUCCCAUGUGAUCAGGAAUAUCCUGCUGAGCUCAGAGACUGGGGAGAUGCUGAAGGAUGCCUACAUGCUGCUGAUGAAAAUUCAAAUCCUUCAUCCAGCUACCACCACAAUGGUGGGAUGGGACUGGGAGCUGCUACGGUAUGUCAUGGAAGAACAGGAGGAGACGCUCCCAGGGCGCUUUCUGUUCCUGCAGUAUGUGGUGCAGACCCUGGAGGAUGAUUUCCAGCUGAACCUGAGGCUGCGCUUCCUGCAGAAAUCCAUUGCCAAGGAGGUGCUUUCCUGUGACCGGUGCUUCAGCAAUGUCAAGGAGGUGAUCGAGUGGCUGGUUGCUGCCAUUACUGGACUUGGAUUUUCCCAGCCCCGAAAGCAGCAGCAGAAAGCACCAUGUCCCUCAUCAGGGGCUGACUGUAGCAUCUCCUCCCCUGGGCCAGACUCAGCACAGAACGACAGUGAAACUGGGCAGGCAGAGGCCGUCCUACCGGCUUUCCUUUCCCAAAAGGUGGUGCUGCUUCUCCAGAGGAUGCUGUCCAUAGCCGUAGAGGUGGACAGGUCUCCCAACUGUAGCAGCAAUAAGAUCGCCAAUGUGAUAUUUCCGUACUUGGUCAACAUUCCUCUCAGGAGCCAAAGGGAGGCCUUCUUAAACAGCAUGGAGAGCCAGCUGCUGCGCUGCAAAGUGCUGGAGCUCCUGUUCCACCACAGCUGUGACAUGCCAGCCUCCCUGCCCUUGUCUCUGAGCAAGAUCCUGUAUUUCCUGGGCCGCCAUUCUCUGCGGCUGCAGUAUCAGGACCACGAAGUAACAUGGCAGAGAUGGGAUGAGAUGCUUCAGCACUUGAUUUUACUGUUAACAAGUUACCGCACUGUUGUGCUGGAGCACUUAAGAAGUUCACUCAUUGAGCGGAUGGAUUUAAUUAUUUCAAAUGCCAAACCCCAGCUCCAGGAUAACGACACCACCACCACUGUGGACAUUGAGUUGCACGUCAAGGACUACAGCAGCCGGCUGCUGCAGAUCCUGGGAAAGUCGCUUCCCCCACAGAUCACGGACAAGGUGUGCGCGCUUGAAGCGCUGCUGCUCACCACCGCUACCACCUGACAGGAGAAGGAUGCUUCCGGAGGAGCUGGCUUUCAGUGCCAAGCAGCAGCCUGGUCAAUCAUCAGUUGGCCUCUAUUCAGUUCUGUUCAUACAGUUGUUGUGUAGACCUAGGAGUCUCAUUCCCUCCUCUGAAAUCUGCUUCUCCUUGUACAACCUGUGUAUAGAUUUUUUUUAAAUUAAAUUUUCCUGGUUGA